UAAAUGGGGCUGCUGGAACUUUAAAAGGCAGCAAGCUGUGGUUGGCUGGUAGCGAGAUUUGGAGUAACAUAUGGCAUUAAAAGGCGCACAGCUGGAGGUAGCAUUUCCAUCGCAGUGAAGUCAGAGCAGCUGACUCUCCAGCUUGCGGUGUAAUUAGCAAACCGAGCACUCCUCCUUCCCUCCCUCUCUCCCUCCCGCCUCUCGCCCUCCCUCCCGCCGCGCCUCGCUCGCACUCGCACCCGCGCUCCCUCCUGCCCGCCCGGCUCCGCGCCCGCGGCCGGCUCCGCCGCGCCCCGCGGGAAGGUUAUGAAGGAAGAAUGGAGUUUCCAGACCAUAGCCGCCAGUUGCUGCAGUGUCUGAGUCAGCAGCGUCACCAGGGCUUCCUGUGUGACUGUACUGUUUUAGUUGGAGAAGCUCAAUUCAGAGCUCACAGAGCCGUUCUCGCCUCUUGCAGUAUGUACUUCCAUCUUUUCUACAGGGACCAGUUAGACAAAAGGGAUAUUGUGCAUCUGAACAGUGACAUUGUCACAGCCCCUGCCUUCAGCCUGCUGCUCGAAUUCAUGUACGAGGGAAAGCUGGAAUUCAACAGUCUCCCGGUGGAAGAUGUGCUGGCUGCGGCUAGCUACCUUCACAUGUAUGACAUUGUGAAAGUCUGCAAGGGCAAGUUGAAAGAUAAAGAAUUAUGUUUGGAAGAGAAGAUUAAUGAUGAGGCGGCUGGUUUGGAGAAAGCGGAGCAUUUUCUAGACGCCGGAGUGCCCCUGGUCCACGAGUUUGACCCAGGAAACAAACAAAAAUUCAGCGUUGCAGAAUAUGAGAGAGCAGCAGGCAAAGAAAAGGUCAGCAGUCACCCUGCCUGGUCCUCUGAUCAUAUAAGUGUCAGCUCUGUGCCGACAGAGGCAGAACCGUGCGCUGCAGCAGCUGGAAAAACAAAGGCUAAUGUCAAUAGUUCCACAGGACCUUUGUCCCAAAGGUCUGUUAACCAUCCCCUGGCUUCGAGUGAUGUGGACUGUGCGCUGGAUUUGUCUUUCAAGCCCGUGCCGGGGAGAGAUUCCUUACACCCCUCCUAUGUCUUUGGACAGCUGGCUUCCGACAGCCAGCAGCAGGGUACCGAGCCACUUGUUAAAGAUGAACAAGACUUGCUGUCAGAUCAGGAGGACGGCGAAGCCAGGAGUCCGGAGAGUCAGCAUUUUGGGAAUUCAGCCAAAAGCCUAGUGACAGGGUUAGGACACAUGUUCGCGGGGAAUGGCAGCUCUCAUGCCCGAGAGGAGGAUAUAGAUCAAGAGCGAGAUGAGAGCGAGGACGACAUGGAUUCGUCGGACAUCUCCUCCUCUGGUGUCCUCGUGCCUCCUGGGCAUAUCUGCAUUUGCCCCCUCUGUAGCAAGGUGUUCCCGAGCCCCCACAUCCUUCAGCUGCACCUGAGCUCUCACUUUCGCGACAAGGACGGCUCGCGGACCCGCCUGUCCCCCGAUGGGUCCGUCCCCACUUGUACCCUCUGCGGAAAGACUUUUUCUUGCAUGUACACGUUAAAGAGGCACGAGAGGACUCACUCGGGGGAGAAGCCCUACACCUGCGGCCAGUGCGGCAAGAGCUUCCAGUAUUCCCACAACCUCAGCCGCCACGCAGUGGUGCACACCAGGGAGAAACCCCACGGGUGCAAGUGGUGCGAGAGACGCUUCACGCAGUCUGGGGAUUUGUACAGACACAUCCGCAAAUUUCAUUGUGGCCUUGUAAAGUCCUUGGUUGUUUGAGACGCUUCAUUUUCUUUUUAUUUUUUAUUCCCGCCCCCCCCAUUUUAAAACAAACCAGGAAAAUAAGGCAGCAUCUGAAUUUUAUUUCCCCGCCCUCCUUUAUUUUAUUUUGUUGGUAUUCACUUCAGGUGUACAAUCUUAAAAAGAUGCAGAGGUAUACACUCCAGAGGCCUUUCAAUGCAAUUCUUCCACCUCCCCACCUCCUCACUUCCCCUGCUGUCCUCCCUUCUCAGCCCUGUCCUUUAGGUCUUCUCUUGCGCACCCAUGUUACAUUAUUAAUGUGAAAUGAUCUAAGUAAUUCUGCAGUGAUUUAGUGUCUGUUUUCAUGCUGGAAGUACGUGCUUCAUGGUCAGGGUUGGUGUUUUUCUUUUAUUGUUUUUUUCAGUUUCAAAAAAGAUUAUCAGCAAAUUCCGGAGAAAAAUUUGGAUUCCAUUAAGCUCCCCUAAUGCUCUCUGUGUGUUGCAUAGAAACAUCCAAAGAGAUGAACUAUGAUUUAAAUACAUUUCAGUGUAGAGAAACUUGUCUGCGUAUCGCAGAGCAAGCGGCCGUACUCUUACUUUCUAGGGCUAGACAAGCCUUUAAAUUAGUCCCAGUUGUAAAAGGGGUUGAGGAUUCCUGGCUGUGUCUUUGGUACUGGUCAUUUCUUACUCUUUUUAGUGUUAGAAUAGUUCUGCAAAUGGUCCUGAAAUCUGAAUGAGAAGUUCUUGCCUUGGGACUUGACUUAAAUUUUCCCUUCCCAUCCAUCCUCAUGUGUGGGCUGACCUACUGAAAAGCUGCUUUUGAGCAUGAAACGUGGAUGGAAAAACUCUUUCUGUCUGCGCUGUGUUCACUCCUGAAAUGUUGAAGAAUGUGUGGUAGGACAUAUGAAAAAUCAUGAGAUACAUUAGUAUCUUCAUUCCCAUAUGGAUGCCCAGGGGCUGAUCCUGUUCCCCUUGGUGGGGAGCAGCCCUAAACAACUAAAUAACCCCACCUUGAUAUCAGGCUCCUGGACAGUCUUAUAACUAAUGUGAUGUGUUAUGAGAUACCCUGCUAUCUGGUCCAAAAGGUUUGCCGCUGCGCUAAAAGCAGCUCAAAAUUUUAGUUUAUUCUCUAUGAAGUUGGUAAUUCCCUCUGGACCAAAUUCUGUGCAAUUGUUGGUGUUUUGAAGGGACAGGAUGAAGAUAAACUGCUGGAGGGAAAACAUGGCCCAACUUUUUCCCCGUGUCCCACCUUUUCAGGGGUUUGGGGGUAUUUCUAGGUGUUUUUUUAGUUUGUUUGUAAACUGAGGCUGUCUGUAACUAUAACAAGUUUUACUCCAAAUAACUCAGUUACUUGCCUAAUAGAGCAUCCUUUGGUCUGUGCAUGUCAAUAAAUAUCAGAUUAUUGCCUUCCAGCCAAAUUACCCAUUCAUGGUACAUGUACACAGGACUGAAAUAUAAUAAUAAUAAUAUCUGAGGGUUUUGCAUGUCAUUCUGCUGCGUUAACGUUGCUUCACCAGCUUUCCUGACACUCCUGGAGUUGUUUUAUGAAACUUAAGUGUUUAUUUUAAAAUUAAUUUGAAGCACUGAGUUAGAUUAUUUUUUAAAGUUGUGCUUAAAAUACUGUAAUUCAUCUUAUGAAGAAAAUAAUUCCCAAUGCCUUCCCCCUCUGGUCCAAAAACUGAGCACUACCUACAUAAAUAAUAUGGGAUUUCUUUUUUUUUUUAAAUAAGUUCCUGCUCUUUUAGGAAAAUCAGGAUCUACUUGUUACAGCAUCCUCUUAUUAUUCAUCUCUUAAUCUAUGAAUGUACAUGUAAUGUGAAAUUUUGCUUCUAUUUAUAGUUUUGAGGUUUUUUGUUUUCGGUCUAGUUUUCCGACUGUAAAAUAUUUUGCUGAACCUGUUACAUAUGAAAGUUGUGGGAGAGUACUGUAUCUUGAACAUAAGUGGCUUUGGUACUGUGGUCUUAUUUUACUUAAUCAGUUUUUUCUUCCUUUUUUUUUUUUUUGUUUCUUUUUGCUGUGAUUGGAAAUAGCACUGAACAAAAUCUACUAAAAUUAAGUUAUUUUUCUUUCUACUAAAAUUAAGUUAUUUUUUUUCUCCUGAAGAUACUUGAUAUAGUAUUUAUUAGAUUUUUUUUUUUGAAGUGGGAUUAUUACUGUUAAUCUAUUUCAAAACUAGUUAAUUUACACUUCACUUUGAAUUUUAUAACAAUGGGUUUUGCAUGUUGAACAACAUGUAAAGAGUUUAAAGUAGAGUCAGCAUUACUGAAGCUGGUAAUCUUAAUUUUGCAUUCUUGUGACACUUUUUUUGCAUUUCAGUCUUCAAUUACUGGUUUUUUUUUUUUUUGUUUUGUAAUUUUUUUGUUUUUGUUUUUUUUUAAGAUCAUAAAAUAGGAUGUGCCAUAAGAACAUCAUUAGUGUAUGGAGCAGGGAAAAAUUGAAACAAGUUUGUGUUUGAUCUUAGUAUAGAGAUAAUUCAUUAAACUGAUGCUAUGAGCAUGCUCUGUACUGCGGUGAAUAUGGGGCAAAGUUUUUUUUUUAAAAAAACAACAACAACAAAAAAAGACUUUCUCAUUCUUGACUACACCAUGAACACGCUGUUCUCAUAGUCUGGUAUUUGUGUUCCUGCUCCUCAUAGCUUGAAUUUCUAAAGUAAAAAAAAAAAAAUGUUUGCACUUAUUUUUGUUCUUAAGGUGACUUUUUUUUGGCUGUCUCUCUGUGUGUCUCUCUUAUUUUUAAGUUGCAAUAGCUCAGAGCAUGUUUUCAAAAUGGUUCGUGACUCUACAGAGAAGUACUGAAAACAUUGCACACUUACGCUCGUCUCUUUAAAACCUAUUUCACCGUGGGGCGGUUGCUGUCUCUGUAGGGGAUGGUCCUGCUCUGCAUUUUAAACACUGGAUUUGUCUUCUACUACAAACAAAUACUGUGAAGUUAAUGUACAAAAAAAAAAAAAAAAAAAAAAAAAGAAAAAAAUUGAUAUUUUAAAUUGUUUUUAAUCUUGGUGCAGUUCAGAUUAAAUAUGUAUAUUUAAAGACACUAAUUUUUGUGGGAGAGUUUUAUAGUAUACAGUAUGUAGAAAAGCUAUUGGAAUGGAAUAUAUUUUAUAAAAACGUUCUAUCACUGUUUUAUAGUGAACUAUUUUUUCUUCAGUGUUAGUGAAAUACUGUUAGUCUAGAUACGACAAUCGCAGGAAGAGUGAUUCAGGCUACUGUUAGUGCUUAGUUUUGCGUGGAGUUCUGUUUGCAACUGUGUUGGUAUGUGCUGUACAAUGUGACAAUCGUGACUAGGAUUGUUGUCUUUAUAAAUUUGCAGAAAAUAAAAUGUGCUAGAGUUGUAACCUUGA